AAAAGAAAAGUAUGUCACUGUUCGAAAAGUACAGAGAUUACUUGAUUUUUGACUACAUAAACGCUAUAACUAACGUGCAGAUAAGAGAACAUGAUGGUUUACCAGAUAAAAUAUGCCAAACUUGCCUUCAGGAGCUCGAUACAGCCAUUAAUUUCAAGCAGAGAUGUGAAAAUUCGAACGUGUUUCUACAGUCGUCAAAUUUUGUCAACAAUCCUAUGCAGACAGAAAUUGACGUGAAAGUAGUGAUUGUGAAGAAGGAGGAGCCUCAGGAAACGAAUUUGGAAUUCGUAGAACCUGAGAGCGAUUUUUUUGACUCAUCUGAGCCAUUUGAUAAUGAUUUAACUCUUGAGAACCGAGAGGAAAGACCGGACAACAAAGUCGAUUUGGGCUUACGUAAAAGUAGAGCUAUAGACCUCAAAUUGCAGUGCGACGACUGUGGUAACUACUUCAAAAGCAAAUGCAAACUCAGGGUCCACUGGAAACAAAUUCAUUUUAAGCAAAACUUAAUAUGUCACGACUGCAAGAGGACAUUCAAAAGUUUAACUGCGUAUACUAAGCAUCAGAAAAAUAGACGUAAAAGCUGCGCAGCCGCUACAAAUUUCCGCAUAGAGGGUGAAGGGAAAUCGCGUGUAUUCUAUUGUAAAGAGUGUCCGUAUAAAUCUGUACGUAUUAAAGAUAUUAUUACUCACUGGGUUACUCACACAGGGGACAGACCAUACAAAUGUGAUCUUUGUCCGAAAACAUGCACGCAGCAAAGUUCACUUGCGGCACACAAAGAAUCUGCACACAAAGAUUAUAAAGCUGAAAUCACAUGUCAAUAUUGUGGCAAAUUGAUCAAAGGACGUAACAAAAUUUAUCGACAUCUUAAAACACAUUCAGACAAAGGAAUGCCAUGUCCAGUUUGCCAGAAGAUUUUGAAAAAUAGAAAUAGUCUUAAUCAGCACAUGCAACGACACAGCGGUGUAAAAUCCUACACUUGUGAAAAAUGUGCUCAUUCGUUUUAUACUGGAGCAGAGUUAUCGAAUCACAAACGUAUGGUACAUAAUAAAGCUAAUAAAGUUUGGUUUAAAUGUGAAUUGUGCGAUUAUAAGAAUUACAGAAAAGAAUGUAUAAAAAGACACAAAGCUAAGCACACGGAUACUAAUAUCCCAUGCACAGUUUGCGGAAUGUUUUUUGAAAGCACUCAAAAGUUAAUUUUACACCAACGCCGUCAUUUUGAAGAGAAGAAAUUCCCUUGUCCACAUUGUGAUAUGAAGUUUUACCGGAGAGAUACGGUUCCAAGACAUAUUAAAGCAAAGCAUAAAUUCAUGGUCCCAACUGCACAACCAUCACAAAGAAUUGGGUUCACAAUAAAGGAAGAGUGUAUAGAGGUUUACCGGAAAUAGAAGUAUCCGCUACAAAUACUAGUUAAGAUUUUUAGAUAUUAUUGUGAAAAGUCUGAUUUUAGCCCAUACUUUUCUUAUUAGAGUUGUUGGUAUUACGACUGAUUUCUGUAACUCCAAAUCUGCUCACUGGUUAUUUAAGUGACUUCUAUAAGCAUUACAUAUUAUAUUAAUUAUUAUUUAUAAAAACGAAUGUGCAAUAUUGAAAUUGGUAUUAUUUAAAUCAAUCUUCACAGAUUUUUGCUUUGUACUAUAUUGAAUAUUGUUUGCAUUAGGUGUGUAUAUAAUAUUGAUACUUUAUUUUACCACUAUUAUCUUAUGGAGAUGUAUUAAUUAUAAUAUGUGAAGGAAACAGUCAAU